UCUUCUUCUUCUUUUAUUCCUUGGGUCGCGCCAGUGACUGAGCGAGCCGUGAUCGACGCCUUCCUCUCGAGUCGGACUCUCAGGGAUUGAUAUAAGUUGGUUUACUAUUGAGCGUGAAACGAAAUUCUUCUUUGGAGAGGGUAAUGGUGAGCGUAGAAAUGUGACCCUUUGAAUUCAAUUACACCUUGAGGAUGGACAGCAAAGUAGAAACAGAGCCUUUCACAUGGUUGGAGGAGUGUGAUGGGCCGAUUAAUGCUCCUUUGCCACAAAAGAGGAAGUACCAACACCGGAAAAAGGAGUUUGUUGGUUGGGGGUCGAGACAGCUCAUCGAGUUUCUCAAAUCUAUUGGUAAAGAUAUCAGCCAACAGAUCCCUCAACAUGAUGUAGCAUCGGUUAUAACCAGUUAUAUCAAUGAAAAUAAGCUUCUCCAUCCACAAAAGAAGAAGAGAGUUGUUUGUGAUGAAAGGCUUCGCUCUCUUUUUGGAAGGAAAACUAUUAGCAGACUUAAAAUCUCUGAUCUGCUUGAAGCACAUUAUGCAGAGAACCUAGAGCAGUCGGAUGAGGAUUUCAUCUGGAGUUCCGGGGAUGAGGACUUAACAGCUAAACCUUUACUUCCUCAGAGAAAAACACCAAAGAAGAGAAAAGUGGUCGAAACUUCAGAAAGUUGUUUUGCUGCUUUAGUUCCCGAUAACAUCAAACUCAUCUACUUGAAAAGGAGCUUAAUUCAACUUCUCUGCAAAGACUCUGCUAGCUUUGAAGGCAAAGUGGUUGGAAGCUUUGUAAGGGUAAAGUCAGAUCCCAAUGACUACCUUCAGAAAAAUCCUUAUCAACUUCUGCAAGUGACAGGUGUGAAAGGGGCCAUGGGAUCUGCAGAUACGAGCACUCAAGUCCUCCUUCAAGUGGCUGGGUUGUUUAAAGACAUUCCCAUUUCCAUGCUUUCCGAUGAGAACUUCACUGAGGAAGAAUGUGAAGAUUUGCGUCAGAGAGUGAAAGAUGGUUUGCUCAAGAGGCCAACUGUAGUAGAAUUCGAAGAGAGAGCUCGAAUUUUGCAUGAAGAUAUAACGAAUCAUUGGCUUCCAAAGGAACUUGCUUUGCUGCAGAGUCGUAUUGAACGAGCCAAUGAGAAGGGCUUGCGCAAAGAGUUGUCUGAAUACUUGGAGAGGAGGAAGCUGCUCCAGACUCCUGAAGAACAAUCACGUUUAUUGCGUGAGAUUCCUAAAGUGAUUGCGGAUGGAGUAGAAAUUGAUUCUACAGAUAUUCCAGAUGAUUUAGAAGAAAUCACUGCAUCUCCAAGAUCGCUCCAUAGGGAAAGUUCACAGGAGGCUAAGUGUGCUACUACAGGCAAUAUCGUACCAGUGACUAAGAUACCUUGGAGGACCAACUUGGAAGAGCACCAGAAUGGUCAUGUUUCUGAAUACAAUGAACAAGUGGUAGCAAAUCAGAGAAAUGGAGGAGGACCUGGUAAGAUGGAGAAGAAAGGGUUUCAGGGAACGGAGGAUGAGGGAAUUCAUUCUACUCAGAAAAUUGAAGAAUGGGUGCAGCAGCCAAUAACAGAUAUUAGCAAGGAAGAAAGACGUGGGGUUGUGGAGAAUGGCGACCUUCAUGGAACAAAGGGUAAGAGUGUCCAGUCGCCUAAGGUAGUGAUUGAUUUGACCAGUGAUGAUGAGGAUGAGGAUCUUAGCAGUUGCCAGAGUCAGAACCAUGAUUAUAACCUGGAAAGCUUAAUAUGGCAUUAUGUUGAUCCCCAAGGCGAAGUCCGGGGUCCUUUCUCGCUCGCAUCGCUAAAGCACUGGAGUCCAGAAUACUUUCCCCCUGAUUUCAAGAUAUGGAAGGUUGGUGAAAGCCAGAGCAAAGCAGUAUUGUUAAGUGAUAUACUGCGCAGGGUGUGCUCUAAGUAAUGGGGAAGACAUUUUUGUUACUUCAUUUAGGUUUCGCCUGUGAUUUUAGUCACCGUUCUUUAACAAACCCCAGAAUUCGUUGGGCAUGGGGAAUGAGUUAUACUCAUACUGACCGGAGGAAUUACUGCUUUGAGUUUCGGCAUCUCUGAAUCAGCGGCAAAUAAAUAAGCUGGUCCUCUUGUUUUCUUGUACAUUCCUUACAUCUUGUUGUAAAAGAGACCAUUUCAUCUCAACCAGUUUGAAACUGUGCCUUACUUCUCAUUAAACUCCGACACUCUGCAAA